GGAGGAGUGGUGAGGUGCGCCGCCGCCUGAGCAGCCCAUCGCCAUGUGUACUUCACAACGACUCCUGAUUCUCUGUAUUUUAGGGGUUCUCUCUGAGGGCAGAGGCAGCCCUGUAGCCAGGGCCCCCGCUGGUAGCUAUGCUGGCGAGGCGUCUCUCCAGUUCCAGCAUCCAGUCUCCCGCCAGGGUGCAGCAUCCUUGCUCCCACACCUCACCCACGUCUCACAUCCCCGGGGAGAUGAAGGAGAUGCUCGCGGGACAUCCAUUCAUCUCGUAGUGGCAGACAGAACUGAUGCUGAUAAAAGACAUGCUUUGCUUUAUGCGAAAACAGCAAGAAUCAACACAGUAGUUACACAUAAGGAAGCAGGUAGUUAUCUACUCGACGGUAGUAAAAAAUUAAACAACACCGAACUAUACAUAGCAUUAGGAAGCUUGAGCAACCACAAUGCUAAACUGACACCUUUUGAAAGCUACAACACAGUGGGAGAUAAAAAUAUUCUAAGGAGAAGUGUACGAAAUGAGUCUUCAGGUCAAGCACAAGAUCAGACUGAUGUGAACUACAGGACGUUACGGGACACGACCCAGCCAAGCAAGGCGGAGAUUGUGGCCAAGUGUUGUGGCCACAACCAGUACAUGGCCAUGGAUGGGUACGCCUGUGUCCUGGACGACCUCGGUCUCUCGCUACUGCAAGAUCCACUCGUGAGGGCCGCCAGCAUAACUCAACUAACCUAUACUUCCUUUCCAACAUGUGAAAGCGGAGAAGGAUACCAUUUCUACUACGUCGACCCGAGGUCUGUCGACGACCACGGGGAGCUAAUGGCUGGCCAGGUGCUGGAGGUAGUGAGCAUGGAGGGAGAGUGCGUCCUCAGCAGGAGAUCCAUCCACCAACAUAACUACUGCCUCGAGUAUGGUGUGGACGGCUCCGAUAUCCGUCCAAUCGUGCUGGUGUGUCCGGAGAUGUGGGAGAAUACGGACGUGCAUAGGAUGAAAUAUGGGGUGAUGGCAGCACUACUGGGCGUGUCCUGCAUUGCGUUCUUUGCUACAGCCGUCUUCCUAGUCUCCUCCCACGCCAGGAGGGGCCUCGUCACCGUCAGAAAGGUGAAGACGCUGGCGGGGCGGCUCCAGCUGAGCUACGUGUUGACCUCCCUGGUUGGGUUCCUGCUCCUGGCCGCCAGCAUGACCGUGGAGGUGGCGCAGGACAGCUCCCAGUGUUAUGCCAUGGCCGGCCUCCUCACCUUCUUCCUCCUGGCGGGCUUCCAGUGGAACACCUCCAUUUGCCUCGAGGCUCUGAUCGCCUCCCUGAGGUUCGGAAUGUUUGGUGAAGAUGAGGGCUGGCGGUACAUACUACACUCACUGUGGGCUUGGGGCGUGCCGGGGCUCAUCACCAGCCUGGCCCUCACCCUCAACCACUACCGCGCCUCCCUCCCCUGCAGCGUCAUCACCCCCAGGAUUGGUCUCUACAACUGCUUCUUCUCCGACCAGAAGGCCAAACUGGUGUAUCUGUACGUGCCCAUGUUGCUGACGCUGUGUGCCAACACCUUCCUGCUCCUCGCUUCCCGCUGCGUCCGCUCAGCAAACCUGCGCCGAAUGGACUACUGCAUCACCGAACUCAAACAUAAGCCUACGCCCACAUCGCCUAGCCUACCAGGUAGUGAUGGGAGGGAGACACCACUGAAGAGCCUGGUCCGUGACAGCGGGGGAGAGUCCUCGUCCACCAGCGGCCCUCGCCAGCACCAGGGUGACGGGGGGCAGCCUUCCCUACACCCCCACAACCUGUGGAGGGAGUCGGUACUCCUGGUGGUGUGGUCCGGGGCGACGUGGUUCAUGGAGGUGGUCGCCUUCCUAGUGGCGCAGUACGUCGUCCAGCCCUCAACUGCUUGGUAUGACUACCUGUGGUAUAUUCCCUCUAGCGUUAAUGCCCUGCGGGGAGUGGGCAUCUUCUGCAUCCUGGUGUUGACGUCAGAAAACCGUGGCAAGCUGUCGCGUGCCACUGGCAACUUGGGCAGGUUCCUGGGCCGAAGCUCCAGCCCAGCUGAUAGUAAAAGCUCGCUGAGACACCACCAGUCGCCGGGGAACGAACCCGAGGUCCACGGUAGAGGAAGUCGCAUCAUGUCUAUCGCCACCACUAUCACGCAGCUGUCUAUCGAAAACGCACAUUCUCUUGAUUCCGGAGUAGAGACUGCAAGUGAGUCUACUGCGACGCACCCGCGUCUGACGCACUCAGUCAGCCAGGUAGACAACCGGUGCAGCUCUGCCUCUUCAGUCUCAUCAGACUUUGGCGAUUUCGAGCUGGAUGCUGAAGUUGGGGGUGAAGGUGAAACGAAAGUCACCACUAGUUAACUUGUGGAUAAUCUUAUUGGGGUCCGUCACUCAUCAGUCUAGAAGUGAUGAAUGACGACCUCCAGCCACCACCACAGUCUACCAGUGAUGAUUGACGGCCUCCAGCCACCACCACAGUCUACCAGUGAUGAUUGACGGCCUCCAGCCACCACCACAGUCUACCAGUGAUGAUUGACGAC